AUGAGAAUCCCAACAAAGCACAUCAGAGACGUUUACAGACGCUUGUUCACUGCAGGAUGUGUCGUUUGCGUGAAGGAUUUCACUUGCAUUCACCCAUACUUCAACAUUCCAAAUCUCCAGGUAUUCAUGUUGAUGAAGGGCCUCGUCUCCAAGAAACUCGUUAAAGAGACUUGCAACUGGAAGACCUUGUACUGGACAAUCAACGACGAAGGAAUUAAGUAUUUGAGAGCCAAGAUGUGCUUCCCAGAAGACGCCGUCCCAUUCACACUCAGAGAACCAGUCGCAACUGCUGCCGUUGCUCACGACCAGGCUAAACAAAUUCAAGGCGAAAGAAAGUUCAAGAAGGCUGUCCCAGCUGAGAAAAAACCAGAGUUCAAAAAGGACUAA